AUGUCUUUAAGAAAUUUAUUUACUAGUCUCAAUAAUGUAAAAAAAGAUUUUUAUACUAAUAUUUGUACUUAUAACAAUAUUAUUGCCUUUAUAUCUAUAAAAGUCAAAUUAGAUAAAAAUCUUACUAAUAAAUACUAA